AUGAUCGCAUUGAGUUUUAGCGUCAUUGCUUGCCUCUGCACAACCAAUGGUCACGGUUUCUGCUUGAUAUGUUUGUUCGUGUUACCCAGGUACUUUUCCACUGUUUGGUCUGUUGUAUCCAAACUAUCCCUCUUUUCCAAAGUCUUCAUUUUCAGCAUACUUUCGAACCUAUAGUCGCUCAGGGUUGUCUGCUAUUCGGAAUCGGGGUAUUUUAUGCUCUGAUUGUUGUUUAAUAUUCCGAAGAUGUUGUAGAUGCCAGAACAUGCUUAUUUGACGACCAAACACUGCUGAAGGGCGGUCCCGUGGUACAGUCGUCAAUUCAAACAACCCAAUAAAAUGCUCGUCAUGGAUUCACGCCCAGAAUGGACCUUCCCGUAGUAAGGACUGACUAUCCGGCUGUGUGGUACUUAUUAAAGUCUUGAAAGCUUGUAUAGGCCGGCAUGUACGCGUAAGACGUUUACGCCAUAUAGAAGAAGAAGAAGAAGACUUUCCUGUGCGGAGUCGAUUUUAGACGCUACGUGGUGCCGUUUUUUGAUCGCACACGCUCCUGAACAAAUUUGCUUUACAUUUUUAGCCAUCACUAUUAGAGUUCGACUGAAAGAGUUCUCAGACAAAUUUUGUCCGCUGACUUAUGAGUUAAGUAAAAGUACAAUUAAUGUUAAGUUGAUGCGGGUGUUGUCCAAAUGUUAACGCUGUACUUGUGUCAAAUUAUAAGGCCCGAUUAUUAAACACAAAUUGUAAAGACAAGUUGUCAAAAUCGGAAGAUUUGUAUUAUGACAUCCGUUUGUGUUGUGUGUUGGAAAAAUAAAAUUUAACGAAAAACAAACUCACAAGCACACUGCCAAGAUAUGUAUUAUGAAACACAAACGGAAAUCCAAAACUGUCAAACAGCUUUCCGUAAGCUUUUUGUCACGGAAAGGCGCCAAUCUCAGAUUGUUUGUUGUUGUGUUGUGUCGGUCAGAGUUGUUGCAUUUGCUUUCACGACAAAAUGUAAGUAUUUUAUAUCAGAAAUAAUCAAAUUUUAUCAUUUUAAACAAAAAUAUGUGUACCGCCAUAUCCAUACAAAUGGCGAUAUGCUGGAGAUAUUGGUAACGUGCUGCUGUUUCGGCGUAAGAAGCUGCUGGUAUUUCCUUCCUCUGCUGUUGUUCGAUGGUAGUCGAAAGAUGAAGGGCUCGCGCACCCGGUUUGCGUUCAACAGCAUUGGAUUCCAGCAACUUCUUCAGAAUAACAAAGACGCCCGCACAACCAGAAUGCAGUACCAAAAAAUGGUCGACAAGUUGGAAGAUGUCCCCGACAUCGCUAGAGGGAUGUUCAAAGGUGACCAGACCGCUUUUUGGGAAGAGAUGGCCGAGCAUCUUAACGCCCUUGGACCGCCAAUUCGAACGGGUGCAACGUGGAAGCGGUGUUGCGCCAAAACGAAGAGCUGCUACAGCUCAUAAAGCGCAACAUAGAGGCGC